AUGACAAAAGAGUCAUGGAUGCAUCCAGCCGGAUUACGACCGGAAGGUCAAGCAAACCUGAGCAAUUCUUUGAGUCCUAUCCCGAAUCGAGCACCAAGCAAAUGUGAUUCUCAAGAGGCAGCAGUAGUGUGCGACCAGCCACUUGACAAUUCGAUGCGCACAUUUAAGGGCACUGUUCGAGCGCUUAUUGAUUUAAAGCGAACGCCACAACUUCAAAUCAAUGCUUUGAUGGUAUCACGUCGAAGUGACGAGGUGCCCAGAAUAUCCGCUACCGCUGCUUCGAGUGUACAGAGCCAAGUUCAAAAACUCGUGGCUGACGGACACGUUGUAGCUGAACGGGACUCGACAUCUGGUACGGAGGUCACUUACCGCUAUCAAGGCAAUUUGGAUCAUUAUACUGAGGAUAAUUUAGCAAAACGUUUGAGUCUUCAGCAACAUCCCCACAUGAUUGCUCUUACUCAGCGCCUUUGGUCAUGUGCACUGCGAAAUGGAGAGACGAGACUCACUUUUGCUGAUUAUGAGACGUACAUGCUGUGCUUGCACCGACUAGUUCUGCCUGACUUUGACAUCGAAGCCUCUAAAGAUUUGAUUCUGGAUGACUGGAAGCGAGACUGUGGUGAGCAGGAUUAUCUGGAUUAUUCUUAUUUUCAUCUUUCCAUGUUUGAGCUUGUCGAUUUGUGGACCGACACUGUUGAUCCGGAAGAUUAUAUUUCGUUGUUGUAUUGCAUUACUCACUGCCUCACAUAUCUCCUUAAUGAACGUCACUUUCUGAAAGCUUUAAGAGAUGUGUCAACUGUUGACGUUUUAGAAGAAUCAAAGGGGGUGAGAAUGGAGACCAUUGAGCAAGAUUUGCAACGAGAGUUAGACAGUGACGCUUUCGCAUACCAUCAAGACCAAAUUAAGCUUGCAACCGAAGCAAAUCAGAAUGCCGAGCGAGAAUCACGAGAGCUUAACGGUCCGCAAAAAACAUCUCAAGGAAGUAUUGAAAGCAUAUCAAGACCACGAUCAUUUGGGUCACAUGAAUCUGGUAGCCCGAGGCGACAGUCGCAAAGCUUACUCGAUGGUAGUGGUGAUUCAUCACGAUCAAAAGUUCAGGAGCGCAGGCGCUCAUCGAGAUUGGGAGUUCAGGAGCGCAGGCGCUCAUCUUUAUUGACCGAUCAGAAAGACGGAAUCGAUAUGAGAAACACCGAAUUAAUGAAUCAACGCCGCAAAAGUCGAUCUAGUAGCAUCGACCACGAUCAAAACUUUUCAAAACGCAAGGUUUCGUUACAAACGAGUACGCUGGAAACCAAUUCGAUCUCAGAUACGUCAGCAUCUAAGUUUCCAGCUGGAUUAAAUACUUCAACAGGGGUAGCAGCACAGUUGACGCUUAAUAGUCAGAGUGCAUCUGAGCAACCAGGUUCUCUGACCGCGUAUUCUCAUGGUAAUGCAGUGCCUUCCGCUGAAAAGUCGGAUGAAAUGAUGAUCUCACAAUCGAUCGUCGAUAGCAAGUCUUCAUUCCCAGUACCAUCAGAACCAGCUUUAGCACCAAGGCGAGACUCUCAAGGCGCUCUCAGUUCGAGACCGCAUCGCCAAUACGAAGCAGCACGAGAAAUAUCUGUAAAACAACAUGGUUUUUGGCAAGCAUCAGAGCAACACGCGAUACAGAUAAAUGGUCUAGAAACGUCUCAUCGCCCAGUCACUCAAGAUCCUAAUGCCCCAGGAUAUCGACUCAUCCCAGACGCGGAUAUUUCCCAGAAAUCUUAUGCAGUGCGCACUGCCGCUUUGGCUAACGCAGCAGCCAGGUUGCCCAAAUCGGGUUCUUCCAUAAUUUCUCGUCGAAGCUUUUCAGCAGCCCAACGCACAUUGCACAAGUGGCAGCAACGAACACCGCGCUUUGUACCAAAUGAGGCUACGAAAGAUACAUUACCAAACGUGUAUGUCGAAAACGGUAGUCUUACAGUACCAUUGAUGACGAUAUCGAGUAGCAAAGUACCAACUUUGGCCCCAUCUAUCAACGCGCAGCAGCCAAAACUCCAAGAAAUGCACGGUACACGACUGCAAACACCAUUUGAAAGUCGCUUUGGUGUGUCAAAUCCUUCUCCACGAGCCAGUAUCGCUAUGACGGCUCAGCCUGUCGGUCUCUUUCUGUCAUCACAGCACCGACCGGUAAAACCUCUGAUUUCUCCUCGAUCGUCCAGCACUAUUGGCAAUAUGAACAGCAAUUACCGGCCAUCGAGGCUCCAUGUGUACCAACAGCCCACUUCAAUGUCAGCAACUGUACCACUGGCAAUUAAUGGCAGAAUAGCUUCGAAUAUCAAAUUUGAUCAUUCUGUUGAGGCAAAUAUGCCCUUAAGUGCUGGAUUAUCCGGCGGAAGGAUAGACGCUUCUCACGAAUUGAGAGCUUCCUUAUCAUCCCGAUACGCCGUCACUGAACAAGUGGCGUCCCACAACUUGAUAUCAAAGUCAAACGUGAAACAAUUUAGCCCUCGACCACGCGGAGGAUAUGUUCGUAUGAACGAAAGUUUUAGUAAGCGACAUCGAUAUUCCAUUUUAAGAUACAACACGCGUGUGAGUCACCCAUCGCAGCAACGACAGCAGUGGCGUCCGUCCGAGCACACCAUCGUGCCGAAGCUUGAAUAG